AUGAACGUUAACACCGAGGAUUUCACUUUCCCAUGGGGUCAAUCGGCGAAUCCUCUUGAGCAACAAACUGGACAGUGGCGUUUAGCUAUAUAUGAGGACGUUCAAGAAUCGAUUGAUGGAGGAAAACUCUAUUGUCUCUACGAACCGGAAACUGAGCGAGAAGCCGAAGUCGACUGUAAAGGCUACGACAAAUGUUUGUCCGUAUUCGAUAUGAGACUUCGUUGCUUUAUGCACCCCAUCUACAUGCCACAGGCAAAUGGUCGAGCCAAGUUCCUAUUCAGCUUGAAAUGCCCAUCGCCACAAGGUGGAACGGCUCUGAUUCUGGUCACUGAAGCGAAAACGUACGAGGGACGAACCACGCUUCACUUCUGGCGUCUCGAUUUGGACCAACAAGGCACGGCAAUUGUCACUUGUCGACCCCUUUCUGAUAUCAACAUGGGAAGUGGAAGCGAGUACAUCUGCUCGAUGCGUGAAGACAGCCCCGAAUGCAUUGUACUCUAUAAUCCAGGAUUGAAUGUGUGCUCGGUGAAUUGCAUGGCCGAAUACCCGACCGCUCCACAAAGCUUCAACGUUUACGGGGCGGAGCUCACGCAUUUUUAUGAUGGGUUCUUGAAUGCUGGACUCGUUUACUUGGUUUCCGCAGCGCCUGAUGGACAUCUCGACUAUUCUCGAGUUCACGUGUUGAAUCUGCAGACAAGACAGAUCAAUACUCAUCAGUGUCGUCAAGAUCCCGGUCGCGGCUUUCCACCAUCAAGAAAACAAGCGGCCCUCAACUCUGUUCCCGGAUACAUCCUUCUGGCUGGUGGAGAGGUUGAAGCAAAUGGUGAUGUGCAUCGUUUGGUCGACUAUUGGGUGCUAAACUGUGAGAACUUCGAGUGGACCCAAGUACCCGCUCAGAUGCCAUGCCCACUCAUUGAGCCACGUCUGACUACUUGCAAUUCGGGCAACGUUUAUCUUUGGGGUGACUACGAUGUGCCACUUCCGGGAAUGCCCAAUGAGGGAACUCAUCUUCGAAUUUUGAAGAUCACCGGCAUGGAGAACUACAAGACCCCACCACCAUCGUAUGACCAAAGUGCUCAACAUCCAGUCGCUCCACCAACUUAUCAGACACCAAGCCCACAAGUCCCACCACCAUACCCGUCCUAUCAGCCGAUGAGCGACCAGCAACAGCCAUCAUAUCAACCAAUGGGCAAUCAACAACAAGCUCCUUCCUACGGUUUUCAACAGAAUCCUGGCGGUUAUCCACCAUCGAAUCCACAGCCGAACUACCCAACGCAAAACUACGACGAUGCCAACUAUCCUCGCCAGGACUAUGGUGGACAAUCAAGUGGGGGCUAUUCCCCAGCACCCAACAAUCAACCCGGUCAACAAGCCUAUUAUCCACCGCAAAAGCAAAAGAAAGACAAGGACUGCUCACUUAUG